AUGGUUUCCGAAUACGACAAAUAUGCAACUCCAUUAUCUUCGAGAUACGCAUCGGAGGAGAUGUCCGCCAUCUUUUCCCUUAGAAAUAGGUUUUCCACGUGGCGUAAAUUAUGGUUGAAUUUGGCCAAAGCUGAACAAGAAGUUGGAUUGGACAUGAUCACCGAUGAGGCAAUUGAGCAAAUGUCGAAACACUUGACCAUUACCGAUAAGGAGAUUCAAGAUGCUGCCGUUGAAGAGAGUAAAGUGCGUCAUGAUGUUAUGGCCCACGUUCACGUCUUUGGUGAAACUUGUCCUGCUGCCGCCGGUAUUAUCCAUUUAGGAGCUACUUCAUGUUUUGUUACUGAUAAUGCCGACUUGAUCUUUUUAAGGGAUGCAUAUGACAUUUUGAUUCCUAAAUUGGUUAACGUUAUUGACAGAUUGAGCAAAUUUGCUUUGGAGUAUAAGGAUUUGCCAGUUUUGGGAUGGACACAUUUCCAACCAGCUCAAUUAACCACCGUUGGUAAAAGAGCCACUUUGUGGUUGCAAGAGUUAUUAUGGGACUUGAGAAACUUUGUUAGAGCCAGAAAUGAUAUUGGGUUGAGAGGUGUCAAAGGUACCACCGGUACCCAAGCCUCAUUCUUGUCAUUGUUUCACGGUAACCAUGAUAAAGUCGAAGAGUUGGACAAACGUGUUGUUGAAUUAUUAGGAUUUGACACUGUUUAUCCAGUUACGGGACAAACUUAUUCACGUAAGAUUGACAUUGAUGUGUUGGGACCAUUGGCUAGCUUUGGUGCUACUGCACACAAAUUUGCCACUGACAUUAGGUUGUUGGCCAAUUUGAAAGAAAUUGAAGAACCAUUUGAAAAGUCACAAAUCGGGUCUAGUGCCAUGGCAUACAAGCGUAAUCCAAUGAGAUGUGAACGUGUUUGUUCGUUGGCUAGACAUUUGGGAGGUUUGUUUAAUGAUGCAGUUCAGACUGCUUCAGUACAAUGGUUUGAAAGGACUUUGGAUGAUUCAGCAAUUAGAAGAAUCAGUUUACCUUCUGCAUUUUUAACUGUUGAUAUUUUGUUAUCAACAAUGUUGAACAUUACAUCAGGUUUGGUUGUUUACCCUAAAGUAAUUGAACGUAGAAUCAAUUCCGAAUUACCAUUUAUGGCUACUGAGAAUAUUAUUAUGGCCAUGGUUGAGAAAGGUGGCUCAAGACAAGAUUGUCAUGAGGAGAUUAGAGUCUUGUCUCAUCAAGCUUCAGCUGUCGUUAAACAAGAAGGUGGCGACAAUGAUUUAAUCGAGCGUGUUAGAAACACCGAAUAUUUCAAGCCUAUUUGGAACGAAUUGGAUGAGUUAUUGAAUCCAAGCACUUUUGUUGGUAGAGCUCCACAACAAACUGAAAAAUUCGUCCAGGAGGAUGUUGCCAGGGCUUUACAGCCAUUUGAAAAGUACAUUACUGAAGAACAGGUUGCAUUAAAGGUUUAA